GAGGAGGAGGUCCAAGGUUUUUUAGUUCAGGAAUCUGUGGAAGAAGUCAAAAGCAAUGAUUGUGUAAUGCAAUGUGCUUGAAAUAUGUUGCACGAAAGAAGGCGCACAAUGAAAAUGUGUUUUCUGACUUUCUUAAGCACUACAGCACUGAACCAAAUUUAUUAAUUUGACUUAUUUUUCUGAUUUUACACAAUCCUAGACGAUAAAUUGAUCCAACCCGUUGGCUGCUACAGCGUGGUGCCAAUCAGUGUGGUGUAUGAGAACAGCUUAAAUCUAUAAAUUUUCCAUCCUAUCCGGAUUUCUAUUACCAAAUCCAUAAAUAAACUAUCCUGAAAUGCUGAACUUGAAGAAUAAUUUAAGAAACAGGUUCAUGGCAAAUGUCAUCUUGUUUACUCUGGGUCAUCAAGUUCUUUCCAUAGAUAUUCAAAGAGGAAAACAUUAUGUUGCUGCUGUAUAUGAACAUCAUGCCAUCCUGAAUCCCAAUCCAGUGGCCAUCAUUGAUCGGCAAACUGCAUUACAAUUAAUGAAGAGGAAUCUAGACAUUUAUGAAGAGCAAGUAAUUAAUGCAGCAAAACAGGGGGCCCAAAUAAUUAUCUUUCCUGAAGAUGGAAUUCAAGGUUUCAACUUCACAAGGGCUUCCAUUUAUCCUUACCUGGAUUUCAUUCCAAACCUGGACUCUCUAACAUGGAAUCCAUGCAAAGAAUUUUACUUAUUCAAUGACACUGAGGUUCUCCAUCAACUCAGCUGUAUGGCGUUGAAAAAUCAAAUAUUUUUAGUUGUAAAUUUGGGAACUAAAGAGCCCUGCAUGCAAAGUGAUCCACACUGUCCACCAGAUGGAAGGUAUCAGUUUAAUACCAAUGUAGUACUUAAUGACAAUGGCAUACUCAUAGCCAGAUACAGAAAACAAAACCUAUACUUCGAGUAUGCCUUUAAUACUCCACCAGAGAUUGAUUAUACAGUUUUUGAUACACCUUUCGCAGGCAGAUUUGGAAUCUUUACUUGCUUUGAUAUUUUAUUUUAUGAGCCAACUGUAACCCUUAUAAAGCAAUACAACAUAACCCAGGUCGCAUAUCCUACUGCAUGGAUGAAUCAACUUCCACUUUUGUCUGCUGUAGAAUUUCAACAAGCUUUUGCAACUGCUUUUAAAAUAAACCUUUUGGCAGCAAAUAUCCAUCAUCCUGACUUGGGCAUGACAGGCAGUGGUAUAUAUACACCAUCAAAAUCUUUCACUUAUUAUGAUAUGGAAAGCAUUAAUGGGAAACUUAUAGUUGUAGAAAUUCCAGUUAUUACAUCAUAUCAUGAAACUAAUAUGGAAAACAAUGCAAUAUCCCACAAUAGUCAAAAGAGUUCUUUGAAUUUUUAUAUAGAGAAACAGAUUUGCCAUAAAGAUCAAGAAAUUGACUGUAAAAUAGAAGAAAAGCCAUCCCAAGAAUUUUAUGGAAUAAUGAUGUAUGAUAAUUUUACCUUAAUGCCCAUACUAAAUGCAGAAGGAAAUAUAGAAGUUUGUUCCAAUACACUUUGUUGUAAUUUAAUCUAUAAGCAAUUAGAAAAAACAAAUGAACUUUAUGUUUUAGGAGUUUUUGAUGAUUUGCAUACAGUACAUGGAACAUACUAUGUUCAAGCCUGUGUAUUAGUAAAAUGUGGUGGACUUAACUAUUCUACCUGUGGGCAAGAAAUCACAGAGGCAUCUGGAUUGAUAGAUUUUCAGCUCCAAGGAAAUUUCAGUACUACUUUUAUCUUUCCUCUCUUGCUAAGAUCUGGCGUCACUCUAGACUUUCCUGACUAUUUGGGAUGGGAAAAAAAAUCCUAUGUCAUGUACAAAAUGGGAGGAUCUUCUGGUUUAAUAACAGCUGGCCUAUAUGGACGUUGGUAUGAGAGGGACACAAAUAAUUUUUGAUAGAAUAAUGUCUCAAAAUUAUUACUGCAAGAACCCAAUAAAUAUUCUUCGAUGUUAUUA